UCUCUCAUAUUUCUUUAUCAACUUGGUAUUAAAUUUUGAAUGGGAACAUGCACUCAAGCCGCUAUUAAUGGUGCAUUUUCUGUUUUUAUCUUUGACAGGCACUAAAGCUUUACACUUCUCUUCCCUUCUGUCUCUUUCUCACCGCUCUGUUCUCACUAUCUUCUUCUUAUUCUUCUGAAUUCCUAAUCUUAAAGGAAGUAACAGAUAUGGGUUUUUUGUCUUUGAGCUUUCAUUUGUUAUCAAACAAAGAAGAGUUGUGUUAAAAAAAGAUAUGAAUAUCUCCCAAUUUCUUAUCUUUCUCUCUCUUACGUUCACACUUUCGGUUAAUGGGAACACGGAGCUUAGAUCUCUAAUGGAGCUGAAGGCUUCUUUAGACCCAACAAACAUGGUCCUCGAGUCAUGGAAGAGCGACGGCGACCCUUGCGGCGGUUCUUUUGUCGGCGUGGCCUGUAACGAGCACCGUAAGGUGGCUAACAUUUCUUUACAGGGAAAGGGUCUCACUGGUAAAUUAUCGCCUGCCGUCGAUGGUCUCAAGUGUCUCUCUGGUUUGUUCCUGCAUUACAAUUCUCUGUCUGGUGAAAUACCUGAAGAGCUCUCAAACCUUCAAGAGUUGACUGAUCUUUAUCUUAAUGUUAAUAAUCUGUCUGGUCCCAUCCCACCUCAGAUUGGUAGCAUGGUUGGUUUACAAGUUGUAGAUUUAUGUUGCAACCAGCUAACAGGGAAUAUACCUACGGAGAUAGGGGAGUUAAAGGGAUUAAAUGCACUUUCUUUGCAACAUAAUAGACUAAGUGGUAAAAUCCCAGCAAGCUUAGGGAGCUUGGGGAUGCUAAGAAGAGUUGACUUGAGCUUCAAUCUCCUCUCUGGUGAAAUUCCAUUAAGAUUAGCUAAUAAUCGGCAAUUGGAAACUCUAGAUGUCCGAAACAAUACGCUCUAUGGCAAUGUCCCUCAAGGUCUGAAGAGAUUGAAUGGAGAAUUCCAUGGUGAGAACAAUCCUGGUCUAUGUGGGACAGGCUUUCCGACGUUGCGAAGUUGCACUCGUUUCGAUAACAUGAACAUCAACCAGCUCGGACCGUCCUCAUCACAUCUAAAUGACACAGUUCCACUAGUUAACUCACAUACAUUAGAUAACCAGGGACGUUGUAACCGCACUCGUUGUUCGAAUCCGUCGAGAUUGCAGAUGUUACCUGUUAUUUCGGGGGUGAUUACAGGUGUUUUCGUUUUUACGGUUGCCGGAUUUCUUGCACUCUUUCGCUACCGUAGGAAGAAGCAAAAGAUUGGGAAUACAUCAGAAUCUUCUGAUGGGCGCCUUAGCACUGACCAGGCAAAGGAACUUCAAAGGAAUGGAAGUGUUUCUCCACUUGUAACACUUGAAUACUCACACGGAUGGGAUCCAUUGGGUGAUCGAUGGAACGACAUUGGAUUUUCCAGGGAACAUUUCGAUAAGUUUAGGUUCAAUCUAGAAGAAGUCGAGUCCGCAACUCGGUGCUUUUCCGAGUUGAACUUACUGGGGAAGAACAAUUUCUCAUCUGUCUACAAAGGGGUUCUAAGAGAUGGUUCACUUGUAGCCAUUAGGAGCAUAAACGUGACCAGCUGCAAAUAUAUAGAAGCAGAGUUUGUUAAGGGCUUGCACUUAUUAACAUCCUUGAGACAUGAAAACCUCGUUACGCUCCGAGGUUUUUGCUGCUCAAAGGCCAAAGGCGAAUGCUUUCUUAUAUAUGACUUCGUUUCGAAGGGAAAUCUAUCGAAAUAUCUGGACGUAGAAGAUGGAGGCGAACCGGUUAUCGAUUGGCCAGCAAGGAUAUCUAUCAUCAACGGCAUCGCAAAAGGUAUUGAAUAUUUACAUAGAAGUGAAGGAAGCAAGCUACUGAUAGUCCACCGCAACAUAUCAGUAGAGAAAGUUCUCAUUGACCACCAAUUCAACCCCUUGAUUGCAGACUCUGGCCUGCACAACAUUCUUGCUGAUGACAUUGUGUACUCAACUCUUAAAGUAAGUGCUGCCAUGGGUUACCUAGCACCAGAAUACGUUAUGACCGGCCGGUUUACGGAUAAGACCGACAUAUUUGCAUUUGGAGUGAUUGUUCUCCAAAUCCUGUCUGGUAAACUUCAACUCACAAGCUCAAUGCGAUUGGGAGCAGAAUCUAGCAGGUUUGAAGAUUUUGUUGACAAAAAUCUAAGAGGAGAAUUUUCAGAGUACAUGGCAGCUAAGCUGGGGGAAAUCGCAAUUCGUUGCACCAAUGAACACCCUGAAGAUAGACCUAGCAUGGUGACAAUAAUUAAAGAGCUAGAUGACUGCAGUUUAUUGAGUUCUUGAUGUACAUUAUUUUUUAACUUGAAAAAGCGAUAGCAUGAUAUGUAUGAUAUGAUCAAAUAGAUUUCUGAAAAUGCUUUUCGUUUGUUGCAAUUUAGUUUCAUUUUGAC